CGCAUUUAACGUGUUGGUCGAUGCAACCGCCCCAACACGGCGCUGGUGUCCGACGGCAGGCCCUUGUGGCGACGCUGCUACUUUUGCUGCCGCGCAUUCAUGGUGCAUGUCCCAUCGCACCACUCAGUGGACGUAUCUGCAACGGCCACGGAGACUGCAACGUCCUCGGCGAGUGCGUCUGCGACAGCAGCAGCUUUGGCUUCGACUGCUCGCAAAUGCGCUGUCCAAUCGGUCGAGCGUGGGCUGGCGACGCGACUGGUGUCGACGCGAUCCACGGCUUGGUCGAGUGCGCCAACCGAGGCGUGUGCGACCGGACGACCGGGCUUUGCAACUGCGACGCGGGCUUCACCGGCACGAAUUGCGCCCAUCGUUGGUCUCUGUCCGAUGAUCCUCUCGAUGAGUCUGUGUUGUGUAUUUAGUCGCAUGCUUUUCCUCUUGCUCGUUGAGCGGUCAGUGCCUCUCUAUGGAAGCGUUGGCCGCAGCCAUGAGCCCCUUUGCCUUCACCUACACGGGCGUCUGGGACGCGACGUCGAUUCACGGCUGCGUGUGCGACGCUGGCACCGGCGGCCCCGACUGCUCGCUUCAGUUAUGCCCGCCCGGUGACGACCCGAUGACGACCGGUCAGGUCAACGAGAAGCAGCUCUUGCGCUGCACCGGUGUCGGCUCGUUCCAGCUCAAGUUCAACGGACAGCUUUCGGCUCCGAUAUCGAGCUCAGCCACGGCGCCGCAGCUCACCAAUGUGCUGCAGGGUCUCGGCGGUGCCGGCAAGUUGACAAUCACAUACUCGCAAGGCACACAGUUAUGCGUCAGCGCGGGCUCCAACGUGGCCACGAUCGAGUUCACGUCCCGCUUUGGCCCACAGCCGCCCUUCCUCGUGCAAACUGUGAAUGCGCAAAAACUACCGAGCAUGACCGGUGGCAACGUCAUCGUGGCGCACGGCGGCGCGGCCAUUGGUGGGUUUGUCAGUGUCCGCGGCUCGAAAGAAUACCAAGCGUGCAGCAAUCGCGGUGUCUGCGACACGAGCCAGGGGACGUGCUCGUGCUAUCUCUACCCGAUGCCCGGGUAUCGAUCGAGCGAUGGCUACGGCAACGUUGGCCUGCGCGGUGACUGCGGCGCCCCCGACAAUACCAAUUUCUACGGCGGCCCUAUCUCUGGGUGCCCAGGAUACCUUCCAUGCAGCGGUCACGGCAUGUGCUCGGGCUCCCCUGCCUUUGCGUGCAAGUGCUCGCCGGGCUGGACAUCGGGCGAUUGCUCGCAGCGCGCUUGUCCGACGGGCGCUUCGUGGUUUGCGCUGCCAACGUCGACCAAUGUCGCGCACAAAACGCCCGAGACGUGCUCCAACACGGGACUCUGCGACCCAACGACGGGCACGUGCACCUGCUUUCCUCCCUUCACCGGGGCCGCGUGCGAGCUCCUCGACUGCCCGUAUGGUCCUGACAGUGCCACUCCGUGCUCGGGCCACGGCUCUUGCCUCACACUGGCCGAGUUGGCGGCGGCGACAACCAUGCAAGGUCUACCUGCUGGCUUCACGUACGGUGCCAACCCCAACAACCCCGCGACGUGGGACGCCACCAUGAUCCAAGGAUGCAAGUGCGAUGACGGAUUUACGGGCCAUGACUGCAACCAACGGGUAUGUCCCACCGGCGACGACCCGGAUACGACCGGUCAAAACAAUGCAGUUCAACAGGUCACGUGCGCAGCGUCGUCGGGAGUCUUCCAACUAGGCUUCCGAGGCGCGUACACGGACCCACUGCCGUUCAACGCCCCUAUGCUCGACGUUCAAGCCGCGCUUCUCGGUCUUUCGACGCUGCACGGUCUCUCGCUGCAGUAUUCGCACACAGGGGCCUGUGUUGGCGGCAAUAGCAUGACUCUGACGUUCACGCAAGACUUUGGCGCGCUCCCAACUGUGCAACUGCUGGAUGCGUCGCUCAUACUUACGUCGCCGUCGUCUGUCACGACGCUCGUGCCUGGCAGCAAAGAAGACGCCGAGUGUGCGAACCAUGGCCACUGCGACACAACCCAAGGCGUCUGCGUCUGUGCGCGCGACUAUGCCAGCAGCGACGGCAACGGCGGACCCGGCAACCGCGGCGACUGCGGCUAUCGACGUCAGUUCUUCAUGGGCGAGGAUAACGCCGACGUCGAGGCUUGAAGUACGACUUGAUUACAUUGCGCCGUCGAGCGGGAGGACAUGCAUAUCGUAAAAGCGGCGGAGCAGGCUUCGAC